AUGCGAAGCGCGCUGGGCCACGAGGGCGCGUUUGGCAGCGAGAGCACGCUGGGCCACGAGAUGGCCCUGGGCUACAAGAGCGCGCUGGUCCACGAUAAGGCGACGAGCGCGUUGGGCCCCUGCGGGGCGUUGGUCUCCGAGAAGACGCUGGGCCACGAGAGCGCGCUGGGCGACGAGGAGGCCCUGGGCUACGAGAAGGCGCUGAGCCACCACAGCGUGCUGGGCCAGCAGGGUGCCUGGGACCACGAGAGGGCGCUGGGCUGCGAGAAGACGCUGGGCCACCAGGCCACCCUGGGCCACCAUAGCACGCUGGGCCAUGAGAGCACACUGGGCUUCGAGGAGGUGUUGGGCUACGAGGACACGCUCGGCCACGAGAGCACGCAGGGCCACGGGAUGACGCUGGGCCCCGAAACGCGACAUGUGGCAUCGAGGCUGAGUGACUUGUCGAGGGACGUGCCAGACACCCCCGCAGGGGUGUACCACGUGCAGCAUGACAUCGUCUCCAAGAUCCAGGGCUUCCUGAGCUCGAUCAUCGACCCCGUGCUCGCGCCGUUGCGGUCGAUCAUCCCGUCUCUAGCGGGCUUCGACAUCUCCUUCAUGGUGCUCUGGUUCGUGAUCGAGCAGGCCCAGUCCGCAGCCGUGGCCAUCAUCUUCGGCGCGAUGACGUACGGGGCCGCGGACACCAUGACGUACUACUCGUCGAGGUGA